GAUCACUGCUGAAAUAUGGCGGGAAGGAGAGAGCGAUUUGUGUGAGGAUCUACACAGAAAGGAAGGGCAUGAGAAACUAAAGUUAAUGGUGACCUGCCUGGAAUAGAAGAUAGCACCAAAAGCUAAAAUAUAGGAAGUGAGCAUCUUUGAAUAGAUGAACAGUUACUUCCAACUUUUAGCCAAUGCAUCGCUUUGCCCACCGUUUCGCAGCCCACCUUUGCAGGCGCUGCCUGAGGACUGCCCACGCGCGUCGCCCGCAGGCCACGGUCCUGCGCCCCGUCGGAUCCGGGCCCGGCUGCCCCUUCCCUGCGCGGCCGUGCGGAGCGGGCGGCGUCGGUUGUCCCGGGGGGAACACGUGCAGAGCAGGUGGGUGAAGGCGUGUCUAGGAGGAGCCUUCGCAGAGUCCCUCCGCGAUCCCCCGGGAAACGCUGCGGCUUCCCCGAAGGCGGCGACUCCCCCCAGAGCUCUUGUCCAUCCCGGUCCCGCCCUGGACGCCGCUUCUUCCUUCCUCCGUGGCUUCCUGCGUUUCCCUCCGUCCGUCCCGCGCGGCUCUUCCUCCUCCUUCCUCCUCUCCUCCGCCGCAGCGACGCGACCCGACGGCGCCCGGGAGGAUGCGUCCGAGCGCUGCGCCCACGGGGUCUGCAGGGUCCGCGGGGUCCGCCGGGUCCGCGGGGUCCACCGGGUCCACCGGGUCCGCGGGGUCCACCGGGUCCACCGGGUCCGCGGGGUCCGCGGGGUCCGCGGGGUCCACCGGGUCCGCGGGGUCCACCGGGUCCACGGGGUCCGCCGGGUCCACCGGGUCCGCGGGGUCCGCCGGGUCCGCGGGGUCCGCCGGGUCCGCCGGGUCCACGGGGUCCACCGGGUCCGCGGGGUCCACCGGGUCCACCGGGUCCGCGGGGUCCACCGGGUCCGCGAGGUCCACGGGGUCCACCGGGUCCACGGGGUCCACCGGGUCCGCGGGGUCCACCGGGUCCGCGGGGUCCACCGGGUCUGCGGGGUCCGCCGGGUCCGCGGGGUCCGCGGGAUCCGCGAGGUCCACCGGGUCCACCGGGUCCGCGGGGUCCACGGGGUCCGCGGGGUCCACGGGGUCCACCGGGUCCACCGGGUCCACGGGGUCCACCGGGUCCACCCGGUCCACCGGGUCCGCGAGGUCCACCGGGUCCACCGGGUCCGCGGGGUCCGUCGCGCCAGGAUGGAGCUGUCACCACCCCCGGACGGGGCGGUUGUCCACGAAGUAGGAGGAGGUAGAGGGAGCAGGAGCAGGAGCAGGAGCGGGAGACCGCGACGGCCUGCGGCGGGGCUGGGCCCGUCGGCCGCGGUGGCCUGUGCCGGUGGCCGGGCCGUGUUCCUCGUGUGCAAACAAAGAAGUGUUGGUCACAAGAAAUGA